AUGAAGUCCACGGGUCUGCUCGCCGUCCGGCUGGCCGCCAUGGCCACGCUGGCUACCGCCGCCGAGGUUGUCUACGUGACGGAUCUCCCGCUCUACACCCAGCUCGCACCCUGCGCCGCCUCCGCCGUUGGCUAUAUCCUCCAGUCGCAGACCUCGACCAACUGCCCCGAAGCCGUGUCUGCUCUCCAGGGCUGUAUCUGCACCAAGAACUCGAACUUCGCCUCCAUCUCCAAGGCGGUCUCGAGCUCCGUCAGCGCCAACUGCGGCGGCACCGCCAGCGAGGACCAGGCGUCUGUCCAGACCGUUCUGAGCGCAUACUGCAACCAGGAGACCGUAGUAUCCUUUCCGAAGCCCUCGGUCACCGUGUCCCAGUACAUCACGGAGCUCGCAGCCAUCGGCGACCUCGCGCCGUGUGCUUCAAGCGGGCUAGCAUAUGCCGUGCAGAGUAUGUCCUACACAUACUGCCCAGAGGAUGUGGCUCUCUUCGGCCCGUGCGUGUGCGGCAAGAACCAGAACCCGCUCAAAGUGAGCCAAAUGAUCAAUACAUACGUCAAAUCCUAUUGCUCUUCGCACUCACCCGAUAUCACGUCCGCUCAGACCAUGUUUGCGGCAUACUGUGGCAUGGUCUCGGGCACGUCAUCCUUUCCUAAGCCCUCCGAUCCACCAGGAGACGUCUCCUACUACAUCACGGCCCUGCCUCAGUACAGCUCCCUCGCACCCUGCGCCCAGUCUGGUGUUUCCUACGCCCUCUUCGCGCAGACCUAUGAUUUCUGCCCCAAGGGUCCCAAGGCACUGGCUUCGUGUGCCUGCCUCAAGGAUGGUGUCUUUGGAUCGGUGUCCAGCACCCUGACCUCGAACGUCAAGUGGAACUGCGGCUCCACCGCCUCGGAGGACGUGGCGUCCGGUCUCGCCGUGCUCAACUACUUCUGCAGCGCCGCCAAGGCAGAGGUCACCCCCGCAGGUGUCACCGAAUCGGUCUCGCAGUCGUACGGCACCGCCAAGUCGGGCAGCGGCAGUGGAGCUUCUCCCAAGGAGACGGGCAGCGGCAAGCCGGGCUCGAAUGGAAAGCCUUCGGACGCCGCCGCAACAGGUGGAGCUAGUGGAAGCAGCGGCGGCGGCAACAGCUCUAGCAGUUCGAGGACGCCCGUCAUCAUCGGCGCCGUCGUCGGUGUCGUCGGCGGCAUCGCGCUCAUCGGCACCGCGGCGUUCUGCGUGAUGCGCCACGUCCGCAAGAAGCGCGCCGCCGCCGAGAUCACUCCCUUCCAGCCGCCAAACUACCCCGGGUCCGGUCCGGGAAGCCCUCCCGCCAUCGGCAAGCCCGAGCUGGCGGGCGCCGCCAUCGCAGCGGGCAUGGCGCCGAGCCCCAGCCCCAGCGCCCAGAAGCAGAACGCCUGGGCAGGCGCGGACGACGUCUCGCCCCUGUCGGGGAACAACAGCGCCUACCCGCCCGCCUCGCCGCACACGCCGGUGCCGGGCUAUCCGAACUCGGCGUACGGCCCGCCGGCCCCAGAGUUGCACGGGCAGCCCGUCCACGAAUUCCCCGCGCAGAUGGUCUACCAAGCCGACAGCCAGCCGGUGCAGCCGCAGAGGGCGGAGUUACAGGGCAUGGGAUGGCAGUCGGGCCCUGUAUCCAACAAUUAUGCGGAGCUUGAUGAGUGGGCAGAGACCUACGUCCAGGACGCAAACCGCAACCCACACGUCUACGACUGGCUCACCUAUGGCCCCUUCGCAGACGGCGCUGAAUACGUGAGCUUUUACAAUGAGACUUCGCGCGGUAGCCCCAGCGAACUGCUGCUGGCGAUUGUCCUCAAGGGUGGCACCGUCACACGCAAGGAUCGAACCACCGGCGAGAUGAAGACCGCCGAGGUGACUGACGGUACCUUUGCGGGCUUCUGCGGCAUUGUCAGCCAGCCCGAGCGCGCUACCGUCGACUUGGGCCUGCUGCUCGUCAGCACGUUUCAGCGGACUUUUGUAGGCACGCAUACUAUUGCCUUGUUGCUGCACGCCUGCCUGGACAGCGUCCAGGACGGAGGCCUGGGCCUGAGGAGAGUGCAGUGGCAGGCGAACGCGAGCAAUACGGCGAGUUCACCAUUCAGCACAAUUGCCCGAAUUAGGAAGGGUAGUAACCAAUUCAUCGUCCCUCCAACAGGCUUCAGCAACCGUGGCCUCUGA